AUGGCUAGUAGUAGCAAAAUAAAUUUACAAUAUGUAUAUGUGGAAGCAAAAACUACGUCAAAGCCAAACGAAAUUCGACUAAACUGCCAUGACAAAAUUAGUUUUUGCUCCUUCCUAGUUUCAAUCCAGGAUAAAGUAUGUUAUCACACUCACGCCUUUCCAAGUCAACGAACCCUAAAACUUGUCAUUAAAGGUAUCCCGCUAGAUAUAUCCAACCAGGAAAUAACUGAAGAAAUCGAAUCCAAUGGUUUUGGACCCACGUUAAUCCGAGCAUUCUUCAAAAAUUGUCUAGCCAAUAUUGAUCAAGCCAAAGAAAUUUACCAAAUAUCGAAACUCUUCUUUGUCAAUGUUAAGAUCAUCAUCACCGACACAAUGCUAUAA